AGCGCCUCACGACAUCACCCCUUUGACAUUGUCAUCUGUUACUCACAUCAAGAUGCCUGGACGAACUCGCCCUAUCGACAAACUCGCCACUGCGGCUGCAAAAUGUUCAAAAGAAAGUUCAUUAUACGGCAAAUGUAUUCUUGCAGACUAUAAUAACGUGCGCAAAGACAUGUGCGUCAAUGAAUUCAUGAAACUAAAAGAAUGCUAUCUCAAAGCGUACAAGCAGCGGUAG